AUGAUAGAAACCUUAUCUAAAGUGUCACUGAGUACAACCGUCUUAUUAAAAUCAAUAUCAUUUUUCUCUCUCCCUCUGAUAUUUCUCAUUUUUCCUCUCACUCGCUCUCCUUCUCCAUCUCUCUCAUUUUACCUUUCCUUUUUGGGAUCAAAACUUAUCUAUCGGUGGAGAUUCCUUUAUUCAUUGUUUGUCUAUCUGGAUUAUCGUUUCCUUGACAUAAUCCCACCUGAUUGUAUAUGUCGUAUUAUGGAUGUCAUUUUGGUGAUAUCUUUAUACGGACAUAAAGAUUCAAAGAUUCUAUCUAUCUAUCUAUCUAUCUAUCUAUCUAUCUAUCUAUCUAUCUAUCUCAAUCUUUCAUAUCUAUCUAUCUAUCUAUCUAUCUAUCUAUCUAUCUAUCUCAGUUUGUUCAUAUUUAGUAUAUCUCUAUAUCUAUGUCAGUCUCUUCAUAUUUAUCUGUCAAUUUAUUUAUCUAUCUACCUAUUUCAUUCUGUUCAUACCUAUCUAGCUAUCUAUCUAGCGAUAUAUCUCAGUCAGUUCAUAUCUAUCUAUUUAACUAUCUCAGUUUGUUCAAAUCGUUAUCUGUCUGUUCUUAUCUAUCUAUCUAUCUAUCUAUCUAUCUAUCUAUCUAUCUAUCUAUCUAUCGAUCUAUCUCUAUCUAUCUAUCUCUAUCUAAUUAACUAUUUCAUUUGCUUAUAUCCCCCUCAUAUCUAUCUAUCUAUCUAUCUAUCUAUCUAUCUAUCUAUCUCAGUCUGUUUAUAUCUAUCUAUCGUUUGA